AUUUGGUCAGUAGUUUUUGUUUUGUUUGGUUGCUUGUUUUUUUUUUGUUUUUUUCUCGCAAAGCUCCAAUGGAAAAAUCUAAGAACUUCUGCAUCGACGCGCUCCUAGCGGACGAGGGCACGAGAGUAGGCAGAGAGCUAUCUCCGGGUUUGAGCAGUGAAAGUCCCACCGUGAGUCCUGGGUCAACACCGUCUCCACGCGCCGCGCAGCUCCAGGCCGGGCUCUUGUCCAAACCGGGCGUCCUAAACUUACCGCACGCGGGGAUGUCUGCUCUCCCGGGCCUAUACCCAGCACCCAUGUACCCGCUGUCGGCCUUGAGCACGCAGCACCCAGCCUUCUACAGCGGCUUCUCGCAACUGCAGACUUAUCCAGAGCACCUAAAGGCGGCGGCGCUUGCGGGCUCUCUGCCGCUGGAACACUGGAUCCGCGCCGGAAUCAUGAUGCCCCGAAUCCCGGACUACGGCUCGAGCCCUCAAUCUGGUCUCCUGGGCAAGUGUAGGAGGCCCCGAACUGCCUUUACCAGUCAGCAGCUACUGGAGCUGGAGAACCAGUUCAAACUCAACAAGUACUUAUCUCGACCCAAGCGCUUUGAGGUGGCCACUUCACUCAUGCUGACUGAGACACAGGUGAAGAUUUGGUUCCAGAACCGAAGGAUGAAGUGGAAACGUAGCCGUAAGGCCAAGGAGCAGGCAAGUGCUCCGGGACAGACAGAGACAGAACGGGGGCGUGGGGCAAACAAAACCUCCUCAGACAAAUCAGAGGCAACAAGACGCUCCUCUGACCCUGAUGAUAGAGGCAUCAUCCUGGACUUAGAGGAGGACGAAGAGGAAGAGGAGGAUUAUACUGUUGCUAUGGGCAACGGGAUGCCUAUGUCCACAGACUUUCUGCAGCAGAGCGCAAGCUACAGCCCCCACAGUCCCUUUUUAGAGGACGGGAUGGAUGAGGUGCAAGUGGGGGGCGCAGACCGGAAGAUUGGUGCAGUUCUGUGAAAAUCAAAAGAACAUUACAAAUUCAACAGAGGCUAUGGGGCAUGUGCAAACCCUGAUAGUCAGACUUUUUCAUAAACAUGUUACAGAAGUCAUGUCUGUGCUCUUUGCAUGCUCAAAAAACUCAUCCAUUUCCCAUGUUUACAUUGUGUUUUUGUCUUUUUAAACCGCUGAAUACACUGCACAAAGGUCUCAAAAAUGUAAAAUGAAAAAAGUACAGACCAUUACUGUGGAAUAUUUAAGCAUUUUUCA